AUGAUCCAUAAAAGCCCAACCCGCAAACACAUGUCAAGAUUUUGUAACUAUCCCGUCCCUCAGACGCCAGUGUUUCAAACUGGUGGAGGGACAUUUUCGAGCAGGCGACGCAAGAGCUCGGUUACUCCGCUAACUACGCCACUUUCAACGACCUCUGUUCGGCGCAGGAGUCGGCAAAGCUCGCCAUCACGGUCAUCGAUGAUCUCGUCACCCACGAGGACAAGCUCUGGCUCCAGUAGCCGCGGUCGCUCUGCUGAAGGGCUUGUGAACCUGGAUAACGUGCUAGAGGGCGGCACCACGCAGCAGUGUCGUGGAACCAUAUCGGUGUCGAUUCGGCUGAAGCCCUCGGACACGAACACGCGAAGCCCGUGGUAUGCCAGCGACGACCACACAAUUGUACACAACGACCUGGGCGAGUUCUGGUUCGACAAGGUGUUCUCGCCGCAGACAAACAACUACGGCGUGUACGAGGAGAUCGGAAAACCGAUGAUCGACAAGCUGUUCCAGGGCUACAAUGCCACGAUAUUUGCAUACGGGAUGACAGGGUCCGGCAAAACAUUCACCAUGAGCGGGACGCGCGACGAGGCCGGGCUGAUCCUGCUAUCCGUGGAACAGAUCUUCUCCCAGAUCAUGAAGGAAAGUGUAAACAACAAGUCCUACGAGGUGAGGGUGUCGUACCUCGAAAUAUACAACGAGAAGAUAUACGAUCUUCUGAACUACCCGAGCGCCAAGAGCCCGGGGGGCACGUACGGGUCAUUCCAGUCCAAGAAUGUGCCUGGCGCAGGUGCCGAGCUACCGGUGCGCGACGACGCGCGACACGGAGUCCGGGUCGUGGGGCUCACCGAGCAGCAGGUGCACUCGAGCGAAGACGUGCUCCGCAAGAUAGAGCUGGGCAACAGCAACCGGCGCACCGGCGAAACGGACUACAACACCCGGAGCUCGCGCUCCCACGCGAUCGUCACAAUCAAGGUAACCUGCACGGAGCUGCUCAGCGGCACCGACACCACGAGCACGCUCUCACUGUGCGACCUGGCGGGCUCCGAGCGUGCCGCUGGGCAGCACGAGAGGCGGAAAGAGGGCGCGUUUAUCAACAAGUCGCUGCUGGCACUGGGCACGGUGAUCUCCAAGCUGAGCGCCGUCAGCGGUGCCAGUGGCGGCGGCGCUGCGACGCCGCCGCCAACCUUCGGGAACAGCCACGUCCCGUACCGUGACUCGAAGCUGACACGCAUUCUACAGCCCGCACUGAGCGGCGACAGCAUCGUGACCACGAUCUGCACCAUCGACACUAAGCCUGACGCGAUGUCGGAAACCGUGAAUACGAUCCGCUUCGCGUCGCGCGCCAAGAAUGUGUCCAUGACGGUCAAGAGAAACGAGGCCGAGGCGACACACGACAAAGACGAGCUGCUCCACAGCCUGCGCCGCCAGCUGGACGAGCAGCAGGAUCUCAUCUGCGAGCUCCGCCGCGCGCAACCGCCUGCGGACCAGAGCUCAUGCGAGGCGACGCCGCUGGGCCCGUCCGCGACAGUGCUUAUGCUGCGGCGCGAAAAUGAGACGCUCAAGAAGAAGCUGCAGCACUGCGAGCGGCUGCUGGACAAGGACGACGCGGCGGUCGAAGAUGAGCAGUUCGUGGAGAUCGUGGAGAUGCUCCCGCCCGCGGUCGGGGCGUUGCUGGAAAGUAAGAUUCAAGGGUUAGAAUCGCAAUUACGCGAGCACCGCGCUUACACCGCGCAGCUCGAACAGCGGCUGAGCGAGGCUGAGGCCGAAGCGCGCCUGGUUACUCAGCAGGCACGCGCUCAGGCGCAGACACUGUCUGGGGACGACGGCACGCUUCAACGGGUGGUACGGGAGCAAGAGGAGGAGCUGGAGGAGCUACAGCGUAGCCUCGCACGCAAGAACAAGAUGCUGGACGCGCUACAGAGCGCGAAGCGACUCCGUGAGGGUGCACUGCGCCCGCUGAACAGAGGCCUGGGUGCCGGCGCUGGCGCAGGGCUUGGCGACGGGCGCGUCGCGCACAAAAGCGGCGGCGUGGGCACGUGA